CUAGCUGCUACCGUCCCAGCGGUAAACAUGGACUACUAAGCCCCUUUUCUGGUGUCACUGUUCUUUUCUAUCUCAAUGGAAAUAUUUGCUACGUUCCUCUCUUUUCAAUUUCCUCUCACUUCCUGAUCUCCAGUGUGGUACAGAGUAACAGCACAUUGCAGAAAAGGCUCCUGUUACUAUGAAGAUCACAUACAAUACAGAUCACUGUGUUUGUCAGUAAAGGAGAAACAGAAUAAGAAUAUCUGACCAAUUGAGUUAUGCUGAACAAGGCAAUGUCUGUCAAGAACCAAACCUCAGAGCUUCCUGAUGCACAUGGAGACGCAGAUAAUGCUGAUAUAGGGAAAGCUGAGAUAAAAGAAGAUCUGUGUAUGAAGCGUCAGCUGGGACCAACAGAUGAAGAAACCAGUGACAGUAUUAGCUCAGGCCGUACUGAUGUGACGUCUUCAGAUGGCUCAGCGGUUGAGCAUGAAGAAGAACUGAAUGUAUGUGAUCAGGUGAAUUCUGAGGAGGAUGAAAUUCCUAUAAAUUCGACUACAGGUAGCUUUACAAACUGCAAUGCUGAUGCUUCUUUCCGUCUUCAAAAUCAAAGAAGCCACGUGGGAAAUUUAUGUGCUGAAUGUGGGAAAUGUUUUACUGUGAAAUCGUCUCUUAUUAGGCAUCAGAAAAUUCAUACAAGAGAGAGAGCAUUUUUAUGUCCUGACUGUGAGAAAUGUUUUACUACGAAAUCUUCUCUUAUUAGGCAUCAGAAAAUUCAUACAGGGGAUAAAGAAUAUUUGUGUUCUGAAUGUGGGAAAUGUUUUACUUUGAAAUCACAGCUCAUUAGUCAUCAGAAAAGUCAUACAGGAGAGAAAGCAUUUUCAUGUUCUGAAUGUGGGAAAUGUUUUACCUUUAAAUCAGCUGUUAAUAGUCAUAUGAAAAUUCAUACAGGGGAGAAAGAUUUUGUGUGUUCUAAAUGUGGGAAAUGUUUUACUCAGCAAGGAACUCUCAUGAAUCAUCAGAAAGUUCAUAUUAAAGAAAAUCUGAGCUUAAAGGGACAGACAAGUCCAAAAAAAAAAUUCAUGAUUUAAAUAGGGCAUGUAAUUUUAAACAACUUUUCAAUUUAUUUUAUUACCAAUUUUGUGUUGUUUUUGGUAUUCUUAGUUGAAAGCUAAACCUAGGGGGUUCAUAUGCUAAUUUCUUAGACUUUGAAGGCCACCUCUAGUAUGAAAUAAUUUUUACAGUUUUUCAAAACUAGGGGGUGUUAGUUCAUGUGUUUCAUAUAUUUAACAUUGAGCUCACACACGUGAAGCUCCUAGGAGUAAGCACUGAUUGGCUAAAAUGCAAGUCUGUCAAAAGAACUUAUAUAAGGGGACAGUUUGCAGAGGCAUAGAUACAAGGUAAUUACAAAGGUAAAAUGUGUAUUGUUAUAACUGUGUUGUCUAUGCAAAACUGGGGAAUGGGUAAUAAAAGGAUUAUCUAUCUUUUUAAGCAACAAAAA